AUGGGCCAAAAAGCCAAGAAGAAAACGAUUCGACAAUCGCGAUCCACCAGGGCCGGAUUAACGUUUCCUGUCAGUCGUUGUGAGCGAUAUUUGCGAAAGAGAAAUCCGAAGCUCCGAAUUGGUGCCGGUGCUGCGGUCUAUUUGGCAGCCGUUCUGGAGUAUAUGACUGCUGAGUUGUUGGAAUUGUCGGGAAACGUAUCGCGAGACGCAGAGAAACGUCGAAUUCUGCCCCGGCACCUGCAGUUAUCGAUUCGAAAUGAUGAGGAAUUGUCGAGGUUACUCGCGAAGACCACAAUUCCCUCGGGGUGGAGUGCUGCCACUCGUCUAUCCGUUUCUCUUCCAGCAGUGUUUUUGGGA